AUGCACUGUUCGCCGAGAUUUUGGAACAUAUUUCGACGGGAGAGUUGGAGCCUGCGGCAGCGAGUGUGCGACGCCUCAAGGCGUUGCUGGUGUUCUCAUCAGGGCGUCAGUCACGAACGAAAGGAGGUUGGCAGUAUGCUGCUGAUUACAUGCUUCACACAGUGUUGCUGGCUGAUUAGACAAAUUGAGACAAACACUUGUAAUGCUUUCAUUUCACGUCGCCUGUGCAGGUUUGCCAGAGAGUACGUCUAUGGGGAUCGCGAUGAUUGGAUCAUGCAUGUGCGUGUCGAUUCUUCACCUCAGUUCAACCGGGAUUACCUGGUAUCAGAAGUGGAUGUAGUGAGCUUGGACAAGACAUUCUCCAGUGAACUGGACACUGCCAUGCAGGAUGUCGGCUUCGCCACGCGUAUCAUGCCUCUCCAGAUUCUUGGCCGAAGGGCCACAAAUACUGCUUACAAGUACAGGGCCUUACUCAGGGCUUUGAGGCUUGAAGUUGGAAGUGAGGAUUUGAUCAAAGCCAGGACGUUCAGCAUGUUGCAUGACAUGGGGGUCGAGUCGAAAUUGGCCAUGGUUCCUGGGUUCAGCUCGGACUGUGAUGAUCGCUGGUUCGACAAAGCGCUGCCCUUGCACGAUCUGGACCACGGCUUGCACAAUGUAAUGCUGGAGCUGAACGAGUGUUGGGAAGUUGAUUUCUACAACGCAUGGGAGCGGCAGUUGAACACGAUGGCCAAACAUUUCAGCAAAGCAGACAACAAUGAACGCUUCGUGAAACAGUGUAUUUGGGAUAAUCCUAAGAUCGAAGGGUACGCCCGAAAGAAAGCGAUCGCAGGGAUGUUCAAAAGCACUUGCCCGACGCUUGUCCAGCAUCGUUGGCAGUAUAUGCACGAUGUUCUCGUGUGGGUCACCGAUCGCAGAAAGUUUCUCAUGUACUUGGACCCCCAUAUUGUUUCCAGCAGAGAGAAUAGUGAGGGCCAGUCAGGGCAGUCUGACGAUGUCAUAUCCGACAUGGAUGCGGCGGCGUUUAAGCUUCUGUACACUGACAAGCUUGUUUCUGCAACUUUCUGGGCAAUGUGUGCCGUCAUGCUCAUCUUGUGCAAGUGGGGUCACACCGUCGUUGGCUGGCUACAUGGUUGCUGGUGUCAUCCAACCCAAGAUGACAGAGCCAAGUUUCGGAAAAAGAAUAAAGGUGCCAACUGCAAAUGGUCCGGCAGACGGCUGAUUGAACUGUCGUGUGGUAGUGCUUUGGAGUUCUUGGCUGACCUACGCUCGUUGAGAAUUGAAAACUCGUCCCUCGCUAUGGAGUCGAUGGGCCUCCUGGUGAAGGAGCAGCAAAAAGCUUCGGGAGCUUCAGCGGCUGCAGGUGAUGAUAUGGCUUCGGACAUUAUUUCGGUGGGGUUUGUCACGGCGAAGAGGAUGCUUGAAUCUCGAUUCUCACAGCUGACAUCUUUUGUUAGGGAGCCACCUUGGAAUUUGAUCAGUCUGUUGCAGUUUCUCAUCGUGCCUGCGUCUGUCCGUUCCGGUGCUGUUGUAGAAAGCCGCCAAAUUGCAGCAACAAUGCUCCAGAAGUUUGAUCAGGGAAAAUUCGGAGAUGUCGGUGACAUUGGACGUCGUUUUCUUCAAACCACCCACCGAUCAGCGUUGAAGCGCUGGGCAAAUUCCCAGGACAAGUUCAUGGAUUUGUCCUUGUUCAGGGCGCUGUUGGCUUAUGCCUCCAGCCUGAAUGUCAUGCAGCGGCUGGAAGCAAAGCACCACCUAGUUCAGGCAGGCGCAGUUGGUUGUUUUCCGCAAGACAGGGACCGUGAGAGACAGCACAUGCACUGUGCCUGCGUUUCUGCCUUGAGUUAA